AUGUCCCUCCGAACGCCCCUCCGCGCCUGGCAAUGUCCCCGCUGCCACGCUCAUCCCCGCCCCUUCUCCACCACCACCGCGCCUCGCCAACUCGGCCCGGAACACCCACGCUACAUCGACUUCCCCUCCCCCCCCCAACCCAACGUCCCCGAUCGUCCCUUCAUCAAAGGCCGCCUGCCUGUCCCGCGCGACAUCUUUUCAGGAACCAAAGGCGCAGACAAAGCCAGCGAAUCCUGGCUGAACCAACACACCAAAGAAAGUAAACGCCCCUCCGCCGCCCAACCGGGCAGUAGAGAGGAAUGGAAGUCCCAACUCAGCGACUCACGCCGAAGAAACCUGCGCGAAGGUCUAGCAAGUCUCCGCGCAAGACGCACACGCCAACUCACCGCCGCGAGUGAGCGAAGCAGACGCAACCAAGCAGCGCGCGAAGCAGCCCUCCACGCUCCAGAACGGGAAGACGACCGUCUGACCACUCCCUCCCACGCCCUCGACCUCUCCGCCCUACUCACCAACCCCCCAAACCAACUCCCCGACCCCUCCCGCCCCCUGCGUCUGGCCCGCAGUCGCGCAAACCUAACCGCGCACACCUCCCUCCGCGCCGAGCAGCGAAAUGCACACCUCAACACCCUCCAUCACCACGCCCGCAACUUCAUCGUCACACCAGCGCAAUUAGAUGCGGCGAUUGAGGAGGCAUUCGGCACGAACACCAACCCGAGGACUUUCGAGGGACGGCAGGAGGAUCGGGCGAGUGUGUGGGCGGAGGGGAGGCCGGUGAAGGUUGUUGAGAUGCUUGGAGUGGGAGGUGGGAGGGGAGGGGCCGAAGGCAGGGUGGCGGUGACGGAGGUCAAUCGAGAGAGGAUGAGGCGGUUGGCUGAGGUGUUGACCGGCGGGAAGAUGGAGGACGAAGUGCAGAGAUGA